AUGGCAGGAAACUGGUCCAUCCUGAGGUUAUCGUCACUGGCUCCACCCACCAGCUCUGUGGCCCCGCCCUCUCUCAACACCUCCCAGUACCCCACCCUCGCAGACUGGGAGGCCCCCAGUUUUACCCGAGCAGCUCAGUUCAGGGUUGGAGCCACCUUUGUCCUCUUCCUGUUCGCCACCUGCAGUAACCUUGCCCUAUUGGCCAGCGUGUGGUGUGGGCGUGGCCGGCGGCUGGCAUCUCACCUGCGGCCACUGAUGCUGAGCCUGGCGUCGGCCGACCUGAUGAUGACGUUUGUGGUGAUGCCACUGGACGCCGUGUGGAACGUGACAGUUCAGUGGUAUGGUGGUGACCUGCUCUGCAAGCUGCUCUGCUUUCUGAAGCUGUUCGCCAUGCACGCCUCCGCCUUUAUCCUCGUCGUAAUCAGCCUCGACCGCCACCACGCAAUCCUGCACCCGCUGGAUGCUCUGAGCGCGCAUCGCAGGAACAGACGCAUGCUGUUGCUCGCCUGGAGCCUCAGUCUGCUGCUUGCAUCACCACAGCUCUUCAUCUUCAGAACCAUCUCGGUGGACUCGGUGGACUUCACUCAGUGUGCAUCUCAUGGCAGUUUCAGGCGUCGCUGGCAGGAAACUGUCUACAACAUGUUUCACUUCAUCACGCUGUAUGUCGUCCCCCUCCUAGUGAUGAGCUGCUGCUACAGCCGCAUCCUGCUGCACAUACACCAGCAGCACCUGAGGAACAAAGCAGGUGAGUCUCACCUGCGUCGCAGCGGCACAGACAUCAUCCCGAAGGCGCGGAUGAAGACUUUGAAGAUGACGGUGGUGAUCGUGCUGUCCUUUGUGGUGUGCUGGACGCCAUACUACCUGCUGGGGAUCUGGUACUGGUUCCAGCCCGACAUGUUGCGGGUCACACCUGAGUAUGUGCACCACGCUCUGUUCGUAUUCGGGAACUUAAACACCUGCUGCGACCCUGUCAUCUAUGGCUUCUACACACCGUCCUUCAGGGCCGAUCUCGCCGCCUGCUGCCGCCGGCGGACAAGGAGCGACACCUCGCCGCAAUCUGUGGACCGACUGUCAGCCAGGCAGAGUCCUCACAGCGGUGAGCAGCAAGCCGCCACCGACCACCACGCCGCCACAGACUGA